CGUGCGGACAGUCUGCGAUUUGCUCCCAGAAGAUCACGGAAACAUACAGCCAAUACGAAAUGCAUACAGCUUCUCCCGUGUCGUGAAACGUCAUUGCCCGCGUCUAUAAAGGAGACAUCGUUCGCAACAAACUUAAAAGACAUUUCGUCCCUCACCCUUUCGCUCAAUCGAUCAUGGCUUUUCAAGGGCUGACGAAUUACCUGCAAACGUACUCUGUAUUGUCUCCUUUCCAACUGGGGUUUGCUGUUCGCCAUCUACCUCCUGGACCACCCGGUUUGCCGGUCCUCGGGAACCUCCAUCAACUUCCCAUGACCUAUCAAGAGCGUACAUUCGCCGAGUGGGGAAAGCGCUAUGGCGAUGUUGUCUACGCACGUAUCCUGAACAAAGUUGCCUUGGUACUGAACCGAGCAUCCACUGCACGUGCGCUCCUUGAGAAGCGCGGCACAAAGUACUCAGGGAGGCCGCCGACCGUCUUCGUAAAUGAAAUCGUUGACUGGAUUCAGGUGGUAAACAUGACAUAUACGGAUCAAUGGCGGCGCCACCGCCGAUGGUUCCAAACUGCACUGCAAGCACGGAACACGCGUAACGCCUAUGAGCCGCUGCAGUGUACCGAGGUACGCGCGUUCCUCGGCGACCUGCUGCAUAAACCGGACGACGCCUUGAUACAUGUCAAACGCUACGUCGCGGCUCUCAUGCUGGGGAUCGCGUACGGCUACUCUCCGUCCACCAUGGACGAUGUCUAUAUCAAGAGGGUCCACGAAGCUUUGCAGAUCGUCGUCGAAGCCGGAGGGCCAUCGGCCCUGCUCGUUGACUUCAUACCACUCUUGAAGUACGUGCCUGCGUGGAUGCCUGGCAUGGGGUUCAAACGCAGGGGCCUCCGCGCGCGCGGCCUCAUCAAAGACAUGGAGCGCAUCCCGCUGGAGCGCGUGAAGCGCGAGAUGGCGGCAGGGAUUGCACGGCCAUCCGUUGCGACGGUGCUACUCGAAGAAGCAAUGGAUACUGGCACGCUGGACGAAGCAGAAGAGUGGGAGAUUGCAUCUGCUUUGGGGAUGAUGUACGCCGCGGGGACAGAUACGACGACGACGGUGCUUUCGACGUUCAUCCUCGCGAUGGUUCUCCACCCGGAAGUCUUGAAAAAGGCUCAGGCGGAGAUCGACAGCGUAGUCGGAAACUCCCGUCUCCCAGAGUUCAGCGACCGGCCGGCGCUUCCAUAUCUGGAGGCGGUCCUGAAGGAAGUAUACCGCUGGCUCGCUCCCGUUCCAAUGGGUGUUCCCCAUCAGCUCACAGAAGACGACGAGUACGAGGGCUUUCACAUGCCGAAAGGGUCCAUGGUCUUCACGAACAUCUGGGCGAUGUUGCGCGACGACGAGUUGUACUCAGACCCCGAUACGUUUGCUCCCGAGCGGUUCUUAGGGCUGAGCGACGACAAGGCCGAGGAGACCGAUCCGCGCAGAGUUGUGUUCGGGUUCGGAAGACGAUUAUGCCCCGGACGCCUCCUGGCCGACUCGACUGUAUUCAUCGCCGCGGCCAGCGCCAUCGCAGUCUUUGACAUUCGGAAGCCCAGGGCGCCGGAUGGGACGGAGCUGCCUUUUGUGCCGUCUUUCAAUAGCGGAAUUGUUAGGCACCCGAAGGCAUUCGCGUGCGAGAUUCGUGCUAGGUCGGCGAGGGCAGCAGAUCUUAUUCUGGCGGCGGACGGACGACCAGAAUAGACUGUACGCGAUGUUCCCCGUGAGACGUCGUCCGAAGUAAUCGAGCUGCGGGCACGUCCUCCUCCCCCGAAGUGUCCACUGCAGGAUCUUG